GUGAAUUUGAGUCAUAAUUGUUUAUAUCAAAUUUCAAACGACGAGAGUGGAUCUUCGUACACGUUGUCUCAUCCCAGUUACAGAUUAGAAGAAACAAGGACUAAGCUCUUCCAUCACAAUUGGAAAUUAGAAAAAAAGUAGUCCAUUGCUUAAAAGUAAUAAUUCAUUGGAAAACUUAUUAUGACCGGGAUGACGUCUACCAAAAACUGUAUGAAAGCGACAAUUAUGAUCGCAAGCGUUCCCGUUAUUGUCAUUGGCGCCAUUUCUUUAGGUCUGGGUCUCUGGAUCGCAUUUGACAACCCCAGUUUCAUUGGUCUUACACACCUAGAGGAGUUCUCCGUCGUCGAGCAAUCGUUCGUAAAGAAUGGAGCAUAUAUCGUCAUUGCCGGUGGCGCAUGCGUACUUGCGUUUGGAAUAUACGGUGUCAUAGCUGCUGCAACAGAGAGCCCGGUUUUACUUGGAGUGUACGUGACGCUUCUGUCCCUUGUGAUGGCAAUAGAGGUAGCAGCUACAGUUCUAGGCGUGGUCUUCAAACACAUGUGGGAACAGAAUAUGGAAGAAUCGGUUGUGGAGAAGAUAGCUGAGAGAUACGACGGUAUUCUUAACAGCGAAGACUUUUUCACUUACCAUUUCAACAACUUUCAGCAGGAGAUGGAGUGUUGUGGGUUUUAUGAUUAUAAGGAUUAUGUUUCCAAUGCGACAAUGUGGAACCGGACAAUAGAUUCGUCUGUUGCCAUGGUGAUCCCUCCCGCGUGCUGUAAACCUUUGUCGGACAAUGACACUUCCACUCUACAGAACUGUGUGUACGCUCCAACAUCAGACAAUGCGUUCCUUACGGGUUGCAAGGGCGCUAUUGAGGACCUAUUCUAUCGUUACGAAUGUGUGAUCAUUGGUGUGGCAGCCGCUAUCGUGUUUUGCCAGUUACUGAUGAUGAUUCUGACACUUGUGAUGCUGUGUACCAAGGUCGACAACUCUUACACAUUCAAAGACGGGAAGCAAACAUGAUAAUUCCUCGAAGAAUUUAAAAAGGAACUCUUCACACAUUCAUACAAAAUUCUAUAUGAACAACAAGUAUACAAAUGGAAGGACUAUAAUCAGUUGUCGAAAGCAUCUCUUUCUUGAGAAGGGGAAACAUUCUGCCGUGUUUCCUUUCUGUUGGUAACUUCCUUUGUGAUUUUUGCAUCGGUAGAAUACUACGAUAUAUAAUAAUCACUAUCAUAUCUGGGGUGGGAUGCAUGCAGUAUUUGUAUACAUAAUGCGAUUUUAUGGGAUAUUUAACAAUGAGGAAAUGACGUCAUUAUUAUGAUGACUGAUGAUCACCAUAAAUUACGUAUAUAUAUAUAUAUAUAUAUAAUUCGAGGUUCUAAUAUACCGCUUUAUCACAGCCAAGUUUGUAGGUCGUCUCCGUUCACAGACUAUUAUCCUUGGUUAUAGGGAGGGGGUUUAUGGAGGGGUAGGACGUCAUUGUCGUCCAAAUGACGUCGAUGUAUAAAACAUAAUGUGUUUUUGUAAAUAUCUUAAUAAGUUAUUCUGCUUUAAACAUUUUAAAAUGGCUGAAAUAUCUUAACUCUAAAAAUAAAAUGUAAGACUUUUUAUAACAAUAAAAGGGUAGGUUUCGCAUGUUGUAAAUACAACGAAGUGUCUUAAGCCAUCUGAAUUGCAAGGAAUACCUGUUUUAAGCAUUGAACUGCUUUCAGUUGGCAUUCAUAGGCAAUAUGAAUGCCAACUGGACAAAGGCAAAUUCCAUGAAGCGCGCUGAGAGAUACCAAAACAGAUUCGCUUCAAAAUCUUAUUAUUUAUUUCACAUUACAGAAACAAUGAUUGUGUCUGUUUGUUUGAAAUAGUUUGUUGUUUUGCCAUUUUUCAUUUUGUCUCUCUUUUUCAAAUGGAUUAACACUAUCAUUUUUUUUCAAGAGUUGCAAAAUAGAUAUUUUCUCGCGGAUAUAUUAUAUUCACACCUGACCAUGUGCACUACCAAGAUGUCCGGACUUUAUUUAAAAUGCAACUCGAACAGUAAAAACAUAUAUGAAAACAGAACGCUAACACUGAUGAAGAUUUAUUUAGAGAUUACAGCUUCAUGAAAAAAUAAUGUCAGUUGGUUAACAACUGUAUUUUAGUACAGUAUACAUAAAUUCUACAAACAUUCCAACAACUAGUUAGGGGGAAAAGGUCAUACACUAAUUGCAUAUAACGUAAACUUUAUCACAUACUAAUUAAAAAUACACAAUCUUACCAACAGACAGAAUUCAUAUAGCGCAAUAUUUCACCAGACCAACUAAAUAUGGCCCAACAUUUCCACAGACCAAUUAAAUAUAGCCCAACAUUUCCACAGACCAAUUAAAUAUAGCGCAACAUUUCCACAUACGAAUUACAUAUAGCGCAACAUUUCCACAGACGAAUUACAUAUAGCGCAACAUUUCCACAAACCAAUCAAAUAUAUCGUAACUUUUACUUCAGACUAAUACAAUACAACACAAACUUUACCAUUCAUUUAUUAAAUGAAACCCGAAAAACACCGUAUCCUGAGUUAACAAAAUCUCAACAAGCCUGCAGCUUAAUGAAAUAGAACAUGGAGAACCCCCCAGCCAGGUUAUAUAUAACACGAAAAUACCAUAUUUUAAUUAAAUAUACCAAACAAUAUUACACCUUAUUUAUUUUUCCCAAAUAUUACCACAUCUUAAAUAAACUGCAAACAUUUAUGACCUCUUAAUUGAAUAAACUGCAAACAUUAUCACAGCUGAAUGAAAUAAACAACACAUAUUACAACAAUUUAAUUAAUUACAGCGC